AUGGCUUCCUUUAUCCCCCGGACGAUGUUUGUGGCCUCGGAGAACAUCCAGAGAAGCUACUUUCUGGGCCAUCACCGAGCUGGCCUUGAGAAGAUGAAAGCAAUGCUGGAUUCUGUUGAUCAUGUUAUUGAAUGUCGGGACUUUCGGGUACCGGCAACCUCAAUUAACCCUCUAUUCGAAGAAGCAUUGGGCGGUAAAAGCCGGACGAUAGUUUACACAAAAAGGGACCUUGGAGCGGACUUGAAACCGGAAUCGCGCAUGAAAGAAAAACUCAUAUCUCACUGGGAGCAAAAAUCUACGAGAGUGUUUUUUGCAAGCAGAAGUUUAAGAAACUCCGUCACUCCCUUGGCGAAAUACAUAAAGGAUCUUCCUGUGGCUGCCAACAGUAUAAUAGGAUACCGCAUGUUAGUCGUUGGAAUGCCGAAUGUGGGGAAAUCAACCCUGAUUAAUAAACUACGAUCUAUGACCAAUAUUAAAAACGUCAGGAAGUCUGCUGUUGUCAGAACCGGAGCGGAUCCAGGCAUUACAAGAAAGAUUGGGACGCCUAUAAAGUUGUUUGAGAAGGACGAUGUAGGCAUCUAUGUGUAUGACACACCUGGUGUGUUUGUGCCGUACAUGUCUAAUCCGGACAGUAUGCUGAAAAUGGCACUCUGUGGAAUCAUCAAAGAUUCACUGGUCCCAAUAAUCACUUUGGCUGACUACCUUCUCUUUCAAAUGAACCAGCAUUUGUUGUCGGAUUUGUAUGGAUCCUACUGUGCCCCAACCAACGAUAUUAUAGAUCUCCUGGGGGCAAUUUCGAGAAAAGCUGGUCGCCUUGUCAAAGGAGGUGAACCAGACUAUGAAGCUGCCGCACGGCUAUUCAUAACACAAUGGCGAGAAGGAAAACUAGGCCUAUUUAUGCUUGAUGAUGUGGUGAAAGUAUCUUGGGAAAAGAAGAUCGCCAAGUUAGGAACCUCGGAAGAGUCGAUACCUGGAGCUUCGUUGGAACUCACUCCUGAGAGAGCUCAAAAAAUACUUGCUACUGGAACGGUAUAG